GGUUGGCAUCUGUCUCUUCUCGCCGUCGUACUGCUCAGCUUGGUCGGCGUCCGUCGUGUAUCCGGCCUCACUCUGCUCGCCGAGUGAGCCGUCUGUACUUGAUCCUCCCCAUCGCCCGCCAGCGCGCCCCGCACGGUCCCUCCUUUCCUUCUACUUCGUUCCGUAUUUCUCUUAUCCUUCUCUCUUCCUUCGCCCUCCUAAUUCCGCCCUCGCCCGGCCUGCCGCCUACGUCUGCAUCUGCGAUCUAGCACGAGCCUCAGCCCGCCUGCACCCACCGCGAUCCCGCCCGCGAGAUCGAGAUACACACCAGGCCAUGUCUGCCUCAGCGUCGUCCUCCUCGCCCACCCCCGCCGCCGGCCCCAGCUCGCUCGGCGUGCGGCCAAACGGCGAGAUUGGCAACGAACAGAACAGCGUGGUGAUCAAGGUCGGCAUGCUGGGGGACUCGCAGAUCGGGAAGACGAGUCUGAUGGUGAAGUACGUCGAGGGGCACUUUGACGAGGACUACAUCCAGACGCUAGGCGUGAAUUUCAUGGAGAAGACGAUCACCGUCCGGCGGACGUCCAUCACGUUUUCGCUCUGGGAUCUCGGCGGGCAGCGCGAGUUCGUCAACAUGCUCCCGCUCGUCUGCAACGACGCCGUCGCAAUAUUAUUCAUGUUCGACCUGUCGCGGAAGUCCACGCUCAACUCAGUGAAGGAGUGGUAUCGACAAGCGCGGGGAUUCAACAAGACAGCAAUACCCUUUCUAAUCGGCACGAAAUUCGACACGUUUUCCACCUUUCCAAGAGACGAGCAAGAGGAGAUUACAAAGCAGGCAAAACGCUUCGCAAAAGCGAUGCACGCGUCGCUCAUCUUCUGCUCGACGUCCGCGUCGAUCAACGUGCAGAAGAUCUUCAAGAUCGUGCUCGCCAAGGCGUUCGACCUCAAGUGCGUCAUCCCCGAGAUCGACGGCGUCGGCGAGCCCGUACUCAUGUACGUCGACGUAUGACGGGCGCGCGGGGCUCGGGUGCGGGAUGCGGGGUGCUUGGG